GCUUUGCACGUUUUUGGGCGACACCUUAAAUAAACGCAACAUUCAACACCUGGUGCUUUGUGUGAACGGGUCUCAGCAAACGGUGAACGUAUUUUCUAAAAAGCAUAUCGUCAUUCACAAUGGCUGUCAUCCUGGUCUUCUUCGCGCUUUUUUUAAUCGUAAAAACACCACAGCCAAGUGAAUGCCAAAAUACUAGCCAGGCUUUCUUUCGCAAAAUUCAACAAGAGCACUUGGGUAAUCAUGUCAUCGACACGAAGCAAACGAACGACGAGUUAGAAUGUGCCAUGCAUUGCGUUGAUGAUGGAUCGUGUGAAUCGGUAAAUUACAAAACAUCUGGAAUUGGUAAAGGUCUGUGUGAACUCAACAAUUCCACACUUCCAAAAACAUCUAACGCUAAUGAAAGAAUACGUAACCCAGAGUUUGACCAUCUUUACAUAGACGAAAAGAGUUAUGAAAGCAGCUGUGCCAAUAUCAAAGUUCCAGGUGACUUUGAUCUGAGUUUUGAAAGCGUUCAAAAGUUUACUUUGCUGGACAACAACGUGCCAGAGAUGUCUGAUAUGACACUCAUGUUUUGGAUCAACACAUUGAAGGCUGACAAAAUGACAGUUUUAUCCUACGUUGUGAACGGUACCGAAGAAUUUGCAUUCUCAGUUGAAAGGGAAAAGAUGUACCUUAAAGUUCAACAAUUGGAAAAGUAUUUCUUUGUCCUGCCAAUCAGUGACGGCUAUUGGCAUCACCUGGGAGUAUCGUGGUCUCGGCUUGGAAACUACACUAUUUUCCUUGACAGUACAUUGGUCUACAGCGGAGAUGACCUUGGCUCGAAUGUAUCAUUGAAAUCUGGAGGUGCUUUUGUCGUAGGUCAGAAACUGGGAAGUUCAGACGGGAAUUCAGAGAGAUUCUCCGGCAAACUGAGCCAGUUAAAUGUAUGGAGUAGAUUUAUGUCUCCCGAUGCUGCCGAAAUGAAACUAAAAAACCAAAGUUGUUUGAAUAAAGAAGCACUUGGAAAUGUCUUUACCUGGAGUUCUCUUAAGGACAAUUGUAACAGCAUGGUCGUCAUGGAACAGCCAAGCUCAUGUAAGCCGCUUCGAAAAAACUCAAAGUAUGACAUUGGGAUAAAACCAUCACAAAACAAUCGGUUCGUCCAUAACAUAACAUAUGAAGAAGAACUCGAUGGUUUCACAAUUACAGCGUGGGUAAAAUACGAGAAGAACGCGUCGCUGACGCUGAACGCAGAACUUCAGAAAUUUGUUGACUACAAAAACGCUUCAGGAACCAGCUUGCUCUCAUUUUAUCUUACGGCUGAGAGUCUCACCUUGGAAAUAGAUGGAGCUGAAAAAAGGCAAGGUUUUAAAGACACAAAAAAGCAUUCCUGCUUCUACUGUAGACAUUUUUAUUCAGAAAAUACAAAGAUGCACAGCACACACUUCUAA